UUCCCCGCACGUAAAAAUUUGAUCUUGCGUCAUUUUCCUCGAGACAAUUGCAUUCGAAUCUCCGCAACGUCCUACACCUCCUCCCUCCUCCUCGCGCCACCGGCGAAGAAUGGCUUUUUCUUCUCCUUCGAUCAAAGACCUAAUUGGUUCCCUCGACCGCGAUUCAUACGUUUCCCUCCUCUCAAAGAUCAUCGGCGAGGCCCGUCACGUGCAGAACAAUCCGCCGGAUCUCAUCCCAAAGGAAGACCGUGUUGCCCGCCAUGUUCUUGAUGCGCUUCUCCCCCUCAGCACCUCCACUGACGGUGGUCCCCUUGUCGUCUCCCACGUCAGCUACGCUGAGGGCCGCGGCAACAUAAUCGUCGAAUAUCCUGGCUCCACCCCUGGCAAGAUCCUCUCCUUCGUCGGGUGCCACAUGGACGUCGUCACCGCCGAUCCCGCCGACUGGGAUUUUGAUCCCUUUUCUUUGGGUGUGGACGGUGACAAGCUGAAGGGCCGUGGGACGACGGAUUGCUUGGGGCAUGUCGCCCUCGUGACGGAGCUCAUGCGAAAGCUUGGCCAAGUGAGGCCACCGCUCAAGAAUACGGUGGUCGCAGUUUUUAUUGCUAAUGAGGAGAAUUCAUCGGUGCUUGGGAUCGGUGUGGAUGAGCUCGUGAAGGAUGGGCUACUUGAUAAGCUCAAGCAAGGACCUUUGUUUUGGAUUGAUACUGCUGACAAGCAGCCUUGCAUUGGUACUGGUGGGAUGAUUACUUGGAAGCUUCGAGCGACUGGAAAGCUUUUCCACAGCGGUUUUCCCCACAAGACAAUCAAUCCUUUGGAGUUGGCCAUGGAAGCACUCAAGGAAAUACAAUCCCGCUUUUAUCAAGAUUUUCCUUCACAUCCUCAGGAGCAGGUAUAUGGCUUUGCUACACCAUCAACUAUGAAACCAACACAAUGGACCUAUCCGGGAGGUGGUAUCAAUCAGAUUCCAGGGGAAUGCUCAAUAUCAGGAGAUGUAAGGUUAACUCCUUUCUACAGACCGGCAGAUGUAACCAAUAAAUUGCAGGAGUAUGUAGAUGAUAUUAAUGCAAACAUAGAAAAGCUUGGCACACGAGGACCAGUGUCAAAAUAUGUUCUUCCACAUGAAAAUUUGAGGGGAAGGCUUACUAUUAGUUUUGAUGAAGCUGCAAUGUCUGGGGUUGCGUGUGAUCUCAACUCCCGUGGAUUUCAUGUUUUAUGCAAAGCAACUGAAGAAGUGAUUGGAUAUGUGAAGCCAUAUUCAAUUACUGGAAGUUUGCCCUUAAUUAGUGAAUUGCAGCAUGAAGGCUUCGAUGUUCAGAUUUCAGGAUUUGUGUGAACUUGGGUACUUUUUAUGGAGAUUAUUCUGUGAGGAGGCCGAAUGCAGUUCUACGUCCGAAGAUGAAUCAGUUGCAGCCACGUCAGCAGUACCGAGCAAAAGGGUGACGUGACACAUUCUGAUUGAUCUUCAGGCCGCAUUUGGCGUCUGCACAGCAUAAUUUUUCCUUUUUAUGAGAUGUUGAUUGAUGGUUGUCAGACCUAUGCCCUUUUGUUUUUAGUUUCAAUUACUCAUUGGAAAAAAAAUAAAAGCUUAAAGGUCUCUUCCAUCUGCCAUUACAUCUAGGAGUAGAAUGAUCCAACCAAAGCAAGCUUAAAUAAGUCUGCUGAUUUCUUGGUUGAUCUGCUCAUUUUUAUUUCUUGCGAACAAGACAUUCUCUUAUUACAUAUUCUGUUG